AUGGGGGAGGUUAACAUAGACAGUAGGUCUGGAUUGCUGGGACCUGUGUCUCUGAGUUAUGAGUUUGGUUCUUUUCCUAAGAAUCUGAUUCCUCCGCAUAUUCGAUGGGACGAGAAGAAAGAGCCCAAGUACACGACACGGCAAGAGUUUUUUUUGAUAAAAAGACAAGUCAGGAAGAGCAAGGGGUUCGAUAUCGAUUUCACUCAGUUCCGCUCUGUUUUCAAUUACCGACCUGUCGAUUUAGACUGUGACGAGUAUGCUAAGCCGCCAGAAACCACUAGGGAGUUAGUCAAGAGGCUGUCUCAAAAAUCUCUUAACAAGUACAACAAUGAAUGGUUUACAGAAUAUGAAUUUCUCAAUAUUGUCAAAGCCAAUUACUACAUGUGUUCUGGGUUAAUGUUUUUCAUCACCUUUGAGGUUAAAGAUCCUUACGACUACCUGCCCAAGCUCUUCCAAACUAGCGUCUACUAUUAUUAUGCGGAUGAGGAUCAGUACAUAUUAACCAGACCUAAACCCAAACAAAAUGUCAAAUGUGUUGGAACUACCAAGACACAAAAAAGGUACCUACACCAGUCGUUUACUUUGACGCAUCUCUUAUUCUUGUUUGAAUCGUUGAUUUGGUUCUUUACUCUCGAUUAUUCUCUUUUAAUCUGUUCUCUUCUGUUCAUGAUUGUUGUAGAUUGGCAUAGGAAGCUUAUGCAGUAUUCAAUGGUUGGGUGGUGGUGAGGACAAGUAGUGUUUGGAAUGUUAGAUAUUAUGGCAGAAUUUUUCUUAAUAAUAUAAUAUGAUAUCGUUAUGAUGACUGAACUUUCUAUUCAGAUUCAUGUAAUGGUCUUGCUUUUGAACUUUUCUAAUCAGAUUCGUGUAAUAGGCAUGACCUCUCUUUUGUAGACACUGUUUUGUUUAUCAGAUUUCACUUUAA